AUGGGUCUCAGGCCCCAACUAGCUACUCUCCUGCUCUGUUUCCUAGCAUGUACCGGGGACUGUAUCCACGAACACAACGACACAGCCUUGAAAGAGAUCAUCCACACUUUGAACCAGGUCACAGAAAAAGGGACACCGUGCACCGAAAUGGUCGUACCAGAUGCCUUUACAGCGACGAAGAACUCCACAGAAAAGGAACUCCUCUGCCGGGCUUCCAGGGUGCUUCGCAAGUUUUACUUCCCACAUGAGGUGACUCUGUGCUUGAAGAACAACCCUAAGGUCCUCAAAGACUUGAAAAAACUCUCAAGGGGCAUCAGCAGUCUGUAUCCACUGGAGAGCUGCACUGUGAAUGAGUCCUCAUACACAACUCUGAAAGACUUCCUGGAAAGGCUGAGAAGGAUUGUGCGAAAGAAAUACUGUCAGUGUUGAAGCUCCAUGUUUUAACUUAUGAGAUUUUAAUGGUUUUAUUUUUUUAAUAUUUAUAUAUUUAUAACUGAUAAAAUAAAAUAUAUGUAUAAUC